AUGCUGCGCACAGACCAGCUGCGCACGGACCAACGCGCACAGCCUGCCCUAACCUCCCCAUUCGAACGCCCCCAGCAUUUGGUUUUCCCCUGUCGCUCGACCCUAAGUCGCGACAUUAGGUCGAAACUCCCCAACGCUGCCGGCCACGCGCACCUCCCCUUCCUCCCCCCCAUCACCGUGGCUGACGAAUUCUUCGACUGCUCUCGACUUGAGCACACCUUCGACACCCAGGAGCAGGUCGACGUCUCUCGCGACGACCCGGACCGCAACGGCAACCUAGCCCCUUUCCUCAGCUGUGAUCGGCAGCCGUGCCCUAAUCGAACCCCACGGUCCAUCACCACCAACGAAGACGAAGGGCGCUACGUGCCAAUCCGACGAGUCCAACACCCCAGCGGUCCUGCUCUCCGAUACGCUGGCACCUCGAGAUCUACAUCUCGCCACGUCACUCCCGUCCCAUCCCGACCUGCCUCGCCAGGCACCCGCAUCCCCCAACCUGUCGCCGGUACAGGUCAAGCGCGAGGAGAU